GCCGCUUUUCCCAGCAUUCCCCGCGAGACUCCGGCUUUUAGGGUCACCUUUUGGAGCCUUUGGCCUUCCGCAGUACUCCGCUGCCGGCUUGGAUUCUCGCGUGCCGCCCUUCCUUGCAGAAACCAACCAUGCUUUAUCAGAACUUGGUGAAAAAUGUUUGGAUUCCACUGAAGCCCUACUACACCCAGGUUUACCAGGAGAUCUGGGUAGGAAUGGGUUUGAUGGGAUUCAUUGUUUACAAAAUCAGAAGUGCUGAUAAAAGAGCCAAAGCCUUGAAAGAUGCAGCUGCUCCUGCUCAUGGACAUCAUUAACUGGAUUUACUUUGGGAUCAUGUAUAAUAUGAAACAUCAGGCUAGCUAUGAGCAGGAAUUCACCAAUUUCCCUUGUUAACUUUUAGACAUUUGUUCAUAAUGAAAUAAAGUCAUAUGUGGAAGGCGAUUAUUAUGUUUCAAUUCAAUUGAAGUAUCAUACCCUUUUUUGUUUUAUCUAGUCCAUACCACUUUGAUAUAUGUAUACAUUACAAAUUCAGUAUUUGUUUUGUAACUAUAAUUGCCUCUCAAAUAAAAGUGAUUUAAAAAUUUUGAAA